AUACAUUCAUUCAUCAUCAGUUUAGCAGAGAAGGACGACAGAGAUACACACUCACACACACACACACACACUCUGUCAUGGAUACUUCUUCAUCACUCACUCUGUCUUCCAUCUUUCUUGUACUUUCAUGUGCUGCCCUUUUAAUUGCUGCCCCUCAGGCUGAGGCUGCCAGGGCCUUCUUCGUUUUUGGAGAUUCCCUGGUGGACAAUGGCAAUAAUGACUACCUUGCCACCACUGCCCGCGCUGACUCACCGCCUUAUGGCAUUGAUUAUCCUACUCACCGUCCUACUGGACGCUUCUCUAAUGGCCUUAACAUCCCUGAUCUCAUUAGCGAGGCAAUUGGAGCAGAGUCAACCUUGCCAUACUUGAGCCCACAGCUCGCAGGAGAGCGACUCCUAGUCGGUGCCAACUUCGCCUCAGCUGGAAUCGGAAUCCUCAAUGACACUGGGAUUCAAUUUCUGAAUAUAAUCAGAAUAACGAAGCAGCUGGAGUACUUUGAGCAGUACCAGACCCGACUGAGUAGCAUAAUUGGGGUGGAGCAAACACAAGCCCUGGUAAACCAAGCACUUGUGUUGAUCACUCUCGGAGGCAAUGACUUCGUCAACAACUACUAUUUGGUUCCAUUCUCUGCAAGAUCACGCCAGUUUUCGCUCCCAGACUACGUUGUUUACAUCAUUUCAGAAUACAAGAAAGUCCUGAGGAGAUUGUAUGAACUGGGAUCUCGAAGAGUUCUGGUGACAGGAACCGGACCCAUGGGAUGUGUGCCUGCAGAAUUAGCACAACGAAGCAGAACCGGAGAAUGUGCAGUAGAACUGGACAGAGCAGCCAACAUAUUUAACCCUCAGCUCAUCCAAAUGAUAAACGAAUUGAACAGUGAGAUCGGAACCACUAUUUUUGUAGCUGUCAAUGCUGUUCAAAUGCACAUGGACUUUAUCCACGAUCCUCAGGCCUAUGGGUUUGUGACAUCCAAAGUAGCAUGUUGCGGACAAGGUAGAUUCAACGGAAUCGGACUAUGUACACCGUUGUCCAACUUGUGCCCCAACCGUGACUUGUACGCGUUCUGGGAUGCAUUUCACCCGUCUGAAAAGGCCAACAGAAUCAUUGUGCGACAGAUCCUCACUGGAACUACUGAAUACAUGCAUCCCAUGAAUCUGAGUACCAUUCUGGCUAUGGACGCGAAGGUCUAGUUGAUUGAGUUCCUCCACACGAAGAAAUGAUUUCUUGUAGUUUGUUUGCUAUAUCAUAUUUACUGUCUGUGUGAACUUUUAAUUCUCUCAGCUUCUACAGCUGGGAUUGGAGUGUUUCAUGUCUUAUUUUACAGUCUCGAACUUUCUUUAGAUUGGUAAUGUAUUUGUAUUUCAGAUUCAUCGCGUAAUUGUAAUAAGUUUAUCACAUAUAUAGCCAAUAACCUGAUCAGAGGAAAGUUUCUGUUCA